UGGAAGGGCCCCGGAGGCCUUCUAGUCCACCCUGUUGUGCUGGAUGCAGCUUCAGCGUCCUGGACAGGUGGCCUCCCACCCUUUGCUGGAAUCCCAUGGGAUUCUCUUCCCACGUCCCCACUGGGCCUUGCUCCUUGCGUCUGGCCUGGGCCGGCUUCCCUACUGCCUCCUUGCUGCCUGGGGAGCAUCAGAGACCCCCCUGCUGUGCCUCUUGCAUGAUGGGAGGGUGCGGCUGGGCCUCCCCGCAGCUGCCUCCCCUCCAGGCUGCUUGAUGGCUCAGGUUGGUCUUGGCAGCCGCUCAGGGAGCAGUCCCUUUCCUGGGUGCUCCUUGGUCCCAGAGUGUCUCUGGGGCGGCAGGAAGCCCCCUCCCCCACCUCCACCAGUGCCAGGAGCAGCAGCCUGCAGUGGUACCUGGCAAAAACUCGGAUGAAUGACUGGGAAUGGGCAGGGUGUCUGCUUCUGGGUGUGGGCAGCAGCUGGCUGGGCCUGGAACACCGGACCAGGGUGCCGGGAAGGAUGCUGGGGGGCGGAGGCAGGGCAGGUCUCCAUGAGGCUGAGGCUGGGUGCCAUGCAGACAGGCAGGUCACGGUCCGGCGAGGCAUGGCAGAACCAGGGAGGAAGGAAGAGGGCCUCUGUCCCAGGAAAGCACCUUCUGUGGGCCGCACGGUACAACAGGGCAGCCUCGAUGGAGGCAGUCCUCCCAGCCACUUCUGGAUUAAUCCCACUAUACCCGGAAUUGUUUCCAAAGCUGCUGUUUUCUCCUCCUCGUGCAUUUCUGAAAUGCUUUCUGGACAGGGGUCCCUUGGGCUCCCAGUUCCUGGACCUGACCUCAUCUUCUGGCAGGAGGAAGGGGACCCGCCUGCCCCGGGCUGCAAGGACGGGGCAGAGCAAGCAGGUGAUGGGAAAGGAAUCAACAAAAAUGGGCACCAACAGAAAAGGAGCAUUGGAAAAGAAGCACCAUGGUGGAACAACUCUAUUUUCUUUGAAGGGGGAGACUUCCAUGAAAUUGCAAUUCCAGGAGUACCUCUAGAAGGAAGACAGCAAAUAUACCUUACUGAACAUCAGAGAAUCCACACAGAAGCAGAUGCAUAUAAGUGCUUUAGCUGCAACAAGCAAUUUAGUUUCAGUGCGGGCUUUAACUUGCACGGUGGAGCUCAUACAGGGCAGGAGGAGCCAUAUGAAUACUUAGAAUGUGGAAAGAGCUUCAGACACAGGUCUGUUCUUAAACAACAUGAAAAAACACGCUCAGGGGAGAAGUCCUAUCAAUGCUCAGAUUGCGGAAAGAGCUUCAGCCAGAACACCUACCUUAACGCAAUUCACAGAGGAAAGAUACUCUUCCAGUGCGCUGAAUGUGGAAAGAGAUUCAGUUGCAAUUCCAACCUUAAACGACAUCAGAGAUCACACUUAGGGGAGAAGCCCUAUAUAUGCUCCGAAUGUGGAAUGAAUUUCACUGAUGGCAAAAGCCUUAAAUUGCAUCAGAUAAUUCACACAGGGGAGAAGCCGUAUAAAUGUUCAGAAUGUGAGAAGAGCUUCCGCUGGAGCUCACAGCUGAGUACCCACCAAAUAAUGCACACCGGGGAGAGGCACUUUCAGUGCCCAGAAUGUGGAAAGAGCUUCAGGCACAGGUCCUACCUCAAGCAACAUCAGAGCCUGCACUCUGGCAAGAAGCCCUUCGAAUGCACAGAAUGUGGAAAGCGCUUCAUUUGGAGCUCGCAACUUAAUGCUCAUCAGAGAAUCCACACAGGCGAGCGGCCCUUCAUAUGCUCAGAAUGUGGGAAGUGUUUCAGCGUGAGCAUGACCCUGAAAAAGCAUCAGAGAAUUCAUACAGGGGAGAAGCCCUUCCAAUGCUCAGAGUGUGGGAAGAGCUUCAACCAGAGUUCCCAUCUUAAGCAACAUCAAAGACUGCAUUCUGGCAAGAAGCCAUAUAAAUGCUCAGUCUGUGGAAAGAGCUUCAGUCGGCACUCAGCCCUAAACUCGCAUCAGAUCAUUCACACAGGGGACGGACCGUUUAAGUGCUCUGAGUGUGGGAAGAGCUUCAGUCAGAGCUCCAACCUUAAAAAACACCAAAGAAUCCACACAGGAGAGAAACCUUUUCAGUGCUUAGAAUGCGGAAAGAGCUUCAGUCAGCUCUCUGGCCUUCACUCACAUCAGAGAAUACACACUGGUGAGAUGCCCUUUCAGUGCUCAGAGUGUGGAAAGAGCUUCAUUCAUGUCCAGAGCCUCAAAUUUCAUCAACAGAUUCACACGAUGGAGAGUAUGUUCAAGUGCGCCGAAUGUGGGAAAUGUUUCCUGCAUGGCCAAAACCUUAAACUUCAUCAGAGAAUUCACACGGGGGAGAAGCCUCAUAAAUGCUCCGAGUGUGGAAAGAGCUUCACUGACAGCUCCAAUCUUAGGGUGCAUCAAAGGGUCCACUCUGGGGAGAAGCCCUAUCGAUGCCCAGAAUGCGGAAAGAGCUUCAAGCACAGCUCCUACCUCAAACAGCAUCAAAGUUUGCACUCUGGGAAGAAGCCCUUUAAAUGCUCAGAAUGUGGAAAGAGCUUCAUUUGGAGCUCCCAACUUUAUGCCCAUCAGAGAAUCCACACGGGCGAGCGGCCCUUAAUAUACGCACAGUGCUGAAAGUCACAUUCACAGCCGUAGCUUUAAAUAUGAUGGAAUUAACACAAGGCAGAAGAUCUAGACAUUCUCUGUGUAGGAAGCGCAGAUUCAUGGAACGGCAUGAACAAGGGCCUAGAAGGAGGAAUCUUAACUCCUGGCAGUUACUGGCCUUUGGAGAGAACCUCACAUGGAGAGAAGCUCUUCAUUGGAAAAAUCACCCUCAGAAAACAGUUGGAGUCCACUUGACCAGAUCUUAAAAGUCAUCAGGGAAGGACCAUCCAUAUCUGUGCUGAAAAUGAGGGAGAAACUGCCGUUAGUGUGGCAGGGACGAAAGCCUCGCUCAGCUGGGGCUCCCACCUGCGUAGUCCUAUGACGAGGCUUCCACCUGCUCCCCCGUCAGCACGGCCUCCCACUCACUGCCGGCCCACAGUGCUCCUGGGCCGGAUCCAGAAGUGCAGCUGCCAGAUCCAGCCAACAGGGCUCCUCCGCAUUCAAGCCUUACAGCCGUUUCCUGAACACAUCUUCAUACCUUCGCGGUUUUUAACGUUUGUUUCUAUCAUUGCAAGGUUUUGAUGUUUUUAAAUAGUUGUGCACCCACUUGACAGCUUUGUAGGGCAAACAUGUUAAUAAGAGCUGAAGUAAAAAGUUGGUUGCUCGGC